CCACACCUCGCUCAGUUUAGCUCUGUUAACGAUACGCUCGCGUCAUAUUGGAUCCUAAAUAACUUGUGUAUUAAAGAAAUAAAACUCUUUAUUUUGGGACGAUAAUUUCUCGUUUGGAUAAUAGAACGUAAAAAUUUUAUUUUUUGUUUCCAUGUUGUAGUUUUUAAAUUACUUGCUACCAUUACUACGAUUAAAUUGAGAGAGUUAGUACUUAAACCAAAAAAGGCAUAUAGUAUUAUUAUUUUAAAAUGCGUAAACAUUUUCUUUAUUUGUAAUUCAAAUAGGACCAUUUAUAUUAGGUUGCUAUUGUAUUCAAUUCCUAAUUAUUGUUUAAUUACAUUGUUUACUGUUUAUCUGAGUAAGUGUUUACGAAGUUAAGUAUGGCCGCUCUACCCACUCUGAAAGGACCGCAGUCACACUAUCUCUGCGUCACUUUCAGCAGUGUAAACGAUACGCAUCAUGUUGAUAACGAUACGAUAAAACCUAUCUUAUCACUUCACUUCGAUUGAAAGUCUAACACAGAUGUGCAAUUGGAGGACAUUUUUAAAAUGCGCGCGCUAUCAUUUUUGACGUUUUAUUUUUUAAUUUUCAACGCGAGUGGCCAGGACGAGGAACUCUUACAGUUAAUAAAGCUGUGUUCUCAUUGUACGUGUAGUGAAAUACCUGAUGUGGAUGGGACACAUUUGGUGCUGAAUAUAUUGUGUUCUGAAUUGGAUAGGGUCGAGGACCUCGCUGAUUUGGAUAAAAUACAAUGGCCAGAUAACCCAAAUGGAUUGAAAAUAUCUGCCACAUUUGAAGGUCUCGGCCUGACCACACUUGGAAAAUUGCCACCUAACCCUCUUGUGGAGACUCUUCGUUUCAGCAACAAUGCGAUUAAAACCUACUGGCCAGACCCCUUCAGUGACCUUCCCAACUUAAAGAUACUGUCUUUCUCCCAAAAUGACCUGGCAGAAUUAACGCCGGAUCUAUUCACGAACGUAGAAAAUCUAGAAGACCUAGAUUUAUCGUACAACAAGUUAAUCAGCGUUAACUAUUUGGAUUUCAAAUAUCUUCGACAGAUCAAAAAAUUAAACCUACAAAACAAUUUGCUAAAAAAGUUUCCGCUAGAGGCGCUGCAGUCGAUGAGUGUUUUGGAAGAUUUGGAUUUAGGGAAAAACAGCAUAUUUGAUGUCUUGUUGAGACGGUCUAAGAGCGACGCAUUGAAAGGCGUUAAAAGAUUGAGCCUGAAUGGGAAUAGAAUACGAUCAAUUGUCAAAGACUCGUUUCCGGAUGAUAACAGUAUAGAAUUCCUCGAUCUAUCGAACAAUAUAAUCGAAGUAGUAGAAACCGAAGCUUUCCUAACCUGCACCAAUUUAAGAGAAUUGAACCUUGGGCAGAACAACAUAACGUUCCCAUUCGCGAUUCCGCCAACGCUACAGAUCGCCAUAUUGAAAAUCAAUACAUUGUACCAUUGGCCAAUAUUCCCCAGUGGUAUCACGUAUAUUGAUUUAUCAUACAACCGCUUAUCAUCUCUCUAUGAUGAAAACAACGUGGAAUUCGAUAAUUUGGAGGUUCUCAAUAUCGGCGGAAAUCAAAUCAAAGAUUUUGACUUACAGAAGAAAUUACCAAAGCUAUUCAGUUUGGAUUUGUCCUACAAUACGAUAGUCGAAGUGCCAAAGUGUGUUAAUAGUCAAAUUUUCCCUAAUUUAGAGGAGUUACGAUUAGAUGGCAACCCAAUCGAGAGCAUUUAUUUUAAAAAUAUCAUCGCUUUAAAAAAUCUGUUUAUGAAUGAUAUGCAUAAAUUAUCUGUGGUGGAGGAUAAAGCAUUUAGCAACGUGAUUGGGCGAGCAGGAGAUGAAAUAGCAUACGAGAAGAUAUGUUUCUCUCUCUAUCUGUCGAAUUGUGCCUCUCUUCGUGAAAUACAGGAAGGGGCGUUUGAUGGGACGACCUUAUGUAUGUUGGACAUAAGCAAGAACAAUUUGACCUCGCUCUCGAAGACCCUCCUUGACUGGCGGUCACUGAGUGAGGGCGCUAACUUACAGUUCAACCCGUGGCACUGCUCCUGUGACCUGCAGUGGGUUUUGGACGACCUGCUGCCACAGAUGUACAAAACUAACUCACUUCUGUUGAGUGAAUUAAGAUGUGGCUCCCCGCGUGCGUACGAAGGCUUGCGGCUGGUACACUGGUACAACUGGACAGAACAGGCCAUGUGCAGUGAUAUCAUGUAUAAGUCAGGCACCUAUAUGAUUGAACAGUCAACAAUAAAAUCAUCUGAAAUUAGCUCGCUGACACUGAUCCUGGCGGGUUGCAUCAUCGCAGCGCUGCUCAUCGCUGUAGCGCUAACCGUCUACCUGAUAAGGAGUAGGCGGAGGUACAAGGUGAGGCAGGCCGCCUUGAAUCGCAAGCGACAAAGCGCUUUAGACGUAAGAGACGCGAAUGGACAUGAGCAAUUCGCCGCUUUAAAUAAAGCGUGACAUAGUACAUGAGUAAAAUUGUUCUUGAAUCUAGAAUCUCACAGAGAUGUGAGUGGGAAGCUUUAUAUCUUCCUUGUUUGUAAUAUAUGAUAUAGUUGUUCGAAAUUUAAAAUUUGAGAAAUAUAAUUAUGCAGUUUGAAUGAAUUUGUUGUUACUAAAUUAUUGUAAAUACUUAUAUUUCUUUUAAUUUUUUUAAUACAUCCUUCAACUUUACAUUUUGUACAGUGACUUAUUGUAAAUAGACGAAAUAAUUUAUAUGUAUGAUAUUUUGUUGUUAAGUUAAUAUUUCCUUUUCGAAAGACGAACAUUCGUUCAAUCAAACCAUGCAUUUUAAUAUGUAUGUUUAAUAUGUGUGAAAAUAUUUUUUUAUACUUGUUUAUUUAUAAUACAAUAUUAUAUAAAAUAUGAGUAAAACCAUAGAAAUGUAAUCUCUACUACAUAAAACUGGCAAUUUAUAUUUGAGGACUGUGUUUUUAGAUAACCAAUUUUUAAUUAUGUAGUAAAUAUUUUUUAUGUUACCGUGUGUUCAUUUCGCAAAGGGGUUAAUAAUUUUUCGAAUCGUACAUGGUCCGCUCCAUUUUCCCUUUAACAAUCGAUUCCAGUACAAAUAUGGAAACACGUUGUUUUGUAAAUAAAAACAAAUGCGGCGUUCCUUAGCCUGAAAGCACGAAAACGUGAUUACGAGUCGUUACGCCAACCCGCACUUGGCACUCAUAGGAGGCCUGUGUCCCAGCAGUGGGAACAUAUAUAGGCUGAUGGUGAUGAAGUAAACCGCACACAGAUCAGGUUUUAAUGAGGAGAAAUGUUUAUUGUACAACCGGUAGACAGGCGCUAAAUAUUUAUUAAAGCCUACAUCUAACUAGAUAAACCAGUAACUAUUUCAUAAAACCUAGUCAGUCU